AUGGUCGUCGCUACCAUCAAGUGUGUCGUGGUGGGGGACGGUGCAGUAGGAAAGACCUGUCUGCUCAUCUCAUACACAACGAACAAGUUCCCUUCGGAAUAUGUCCCCACCGUCUUCGACAACUACGCCGUGACCGUGAUGAUCGGCGAUGAGCCCUACACCCUUGGACUGUUUGAUACCGCCGGUCAGGAGGAUUACGACCGCCUGCGCCCGCUCUCCUACCCGCAGACUGACGUCUUCUUGGUCUGCUUCUCCGUCACCUCACCUGCCUCAUUCGAGAACGUGCGCGAAAAGUGGUUCCCGGAAGUCCACCACCAUUGUCCUGGUGUUCCCUGCCUGAUCGUCGGCACCCAGACUGAUUUGCGCGAUGACGCCGCAGUGCGGGAUAAGCUCGCCCGCCAGAAGAUGUCCCCCAUCCGCAAGGAAGACGGUGACCGGAUGGCCAAGGAACUUGGCGCUGUCAAAUAUGUUGAGUGUUCCGCGCUCACACAGUAUAAACUGAAGGAUGUCUUUGAUGAGGCUAUUGUCGCGGCACUCGAACCUGCGCCCAAGAAGAAGUCAAGAGGUUGCCGCUUGCUGUGA